UAAGGGUACAUUUUCGAGGUUUUUCUUAAAUAUUAAUUCAAUUUCUCUUCGAAUCUUACAAGUUCUUAUUAUUUUCUUACUAUAUCAAUUCCAUACAAAAAUACUAAUUUUCUAAACUACACUAUUUCUAAAAAUUCAGGCAAACUUCAAAUCUACAUGGAUGAUUGAAAUUCUUUCAAUAUCUGCCACGCAAAAAAACUCGACGACAAAAAAUGGAUGUGGAUGAAUCACCAUAUAUGUAUAUUCGAUAAGAGAAGUCUUUUAAAUAUAGUGGCAUAAUCGCAAUUUCUUUUUGACAUUAAUAUAAUAACCUUUAUGAUAUGUAAACAUGACGCGGUUAUAUCAAUGUCGUAGCUCACCUAGCAAGCUUUUAAGAAACGGCAGAAAAACAUCCAGCAGGAUAUGUCCCCGAAGACUUGGGCGGAGCACGGGAAGCUUGGAGCUACGACGAAAUCACAUAUCUCAUCGAAGCCAGAAUGAGACUUUGGCCUUGACGGAGUCGGGGCGCGGAAUCGGGCCCCGGAAGAAAGGUCGGGUAGCCCUGGGUCUAUUUUGUACUCUAUCGUGUUCGCAGUGCUGCGUGUGGAACACCUGGGGCCCCAUAGCGGGUUUCGCCUUGCGGGCUUUCCCGAACUGGAAUGAGUCCCUGGUGGCCCUGCUGUCCGAUUGGGGAUGCAUCAGCUAUUUGACCUGCUGCAUACCCUGUUGCUGGCUCCUCUAUAAGAAAGGCUUGACAAUGUCCUUGCGAAUGGCGGCGAUUCUUUCGACCCUGGCGACCUUUGUUCGUUGCGUGUCCUCUAGAGAGAACGUUUUCACGAUAAUGGUACACACUGCGGCUAUCCUGAACGGAUUAUCGGGAGUAAUCCUUGGUCCUGCUACGGCAUUGGUCUCCGCGGUUUGGUUCCCUCCUGGGAAACGCACCACCGCUACCGGCAUAUCUUCCGCCUGCAAUCAAUUAGGAAUGGCGAUUUCUUAUUUAAUCGGGCCGGCCGUAGUAGGGAACACAGUAGCACGUAAUAUCACGCCCUUGACAAGUAAUACAAAUUUCAACGGAACUGUCGCUUUUGAUAAAAUGUACUCCGUGGUAUUGCGAGCACAGAUUACGUCUCUCAUGAGGAUCGAAUUUGUUGGUCAAUUCUUAAUCCUGAUAGGCGUUCUUUGCUUCUUACCGGGGGAACCUUAUCAAUGUGUUGAUCUUCCUGAAAUUUCGGAGCGUCUUGGUCUUGCGGAAUCAAUUCUUCGUCUUCUAAAGAACAAGAACAUGUGGUGUCUCUGCUUGGCUGCUGCACUUAGUCAAGGUGUGACUGGACCUUGGCUGGCAAUGAUGACAAUGACCUUUGGCACUAGCAUUACACAAGAGGAAGCGGACAAAUUAGCUUUUUGGACCAUCAUCGUAAGCGGUACUUUGAGCUUGAUAGCAUCACGAUUGGCAGACGCAUUUCAAGGUCGUUUAAAGAUUACUCUUCACAUAUUGUUGACGAUAUCGUCAGCAAUGUUUCUAUGGAUACUCUUGCUGGACGAUCGUAUCCUAGUUUUCCAUAGGGGUGAGCUGUACGCCGCAGUAAUCCUGGGUAUAUCCGCCAGCUGGUCCACUCCCGCUCUUUUUCUUGAACUCGCCUCCGAAAUUGCGUUUCCGGUCUCCGAAGCCAUCGUCGGCGGUUAUAUGAUCUUCCUGUCGAAUCUCGUCGGCGCACUCUUUUACUUCUCAUACUUCCUCCCGUGGAUGAAUAAACACUCGUCGACGUAUUUGACAUUUGCAAACAUCUCGAUGGCAACUAUACUCAUAAUUUACGUCAAGGAAGAUUAUAAUCGUACAAAGAUGAAUUCGAUAUCUCGAGCAUCUUGGAAAGAAAUAAAAGAUUGCAAAAGAUUUCGAAGGAAGAAAAUACGACGCUAACAGAUUCCAUUCAUUCUUUCGAUUAAUAAUUAAUAAACAUUCACAGAUAUCUUUAUAUCUCAUCGAAUUUAGCUACAGGCAAGACUGCAAUAGCAAAAU